GAGCAGCCCGCAAUCCUGCACAGCAGAGAAUGGGAGUAGGGCGGAGUGUUUGAGCAGCACACCCAUUUCCUCUCCGCUCUUCGUCUCGUUCUCGUGGCCUGCCCACCCAUCCAUCAUCCGGCCGGCCACCGCUCUGAACACCUUCCACCAUGGCCACCUCAGCAAGUUCCCACUUGAACAAAGGCAUCAAGCAGAUGUACAUGAACCUGCCCCAGGGCGAGAAGAUCCAACUCAUGUAUAUCUGGGUUGAUGGUACCGGGGAAGGGCUACGCUGCAAGACCCGUACUCUGGAGUGUGACCCCAAGUGCGUAGAUGACUUACCCGAGUGGAACUUUGAUGGUUCUAGUACGUUUCAGUCUGAAGGCUCCAACAGCGACAUGUACCUCCAUCCUGUGGCCAUGUUUCGAGACCCCUUCCGCAGAGACCCCAACAAGCUGGUGUUCUGCGAAGUAUACAAGUAUAACCGGAAGCCCGCAGAGACCAACCUGAGGUACAGCUGUAAGCGUAUAAUGGACAUGGUGUGCAGCCAGCACCCCUGGUUUGGAAUGGAACAGGAGUAUACUCUCAUGGGAACAGACGGCCACCCUUUCGGCUGGCCUUCUAAUGGCUUCCCUGGACCCCAAGGACCCUAUUACUGCGGUGUGGGAGCUGACAAGGCUUAUGGCCGAGAUAUCGUGGAGGCUCACUACCGGGCCUGCUUGUAUGCUGGAAUCAAGAUCACAGGGACAAAUGCCGAGGUUAUGCCUGCCCAGUGGGAAUUCCAGAUAGGACCCUGCGAAGGGAUCCGCAUGGGAGAUCAUCUCUGGGUAGCCCGUUUUAUCUUGCAUCGGGUAUGCGAAGACUUUGGGGUGAUAGCAACCUUUGACCCCAAGCCCAUUCCAGGGAACUGGAAUGGGGCAGGCUGCCACACCAACUUUAGCACCAAGGCCAUGCGGGAGGAGAAUGGUCUGAGGUGCAUUGAGGAGGCCAUUGAUAAACUGAGCAAGAGGCACCAGUACCACAUCCGUGCCUACGACCCCAAGGGGGGCCUGGACAACGCCCGCCGUCUGACUGGAUUCCAUGAAACCUCCAACAUCAACGACUUUUCCGCUGGCGUUGCCAACCGCAGCGCCAGUAUCCGCAUUCCCCGGAUUGUCGGCCAGGAGAAGAAGGGUUACUUUGAAGACCGUCGGCCUUCUGCCAAUUGCGACCCCUAUGCGGUGACGGAAGCCAUCGUCCGCACGUGUCUCCUCAACGAAACUGGCGACGAGCCCUUCCAAUACAAGAACUAAGCGGACUCGACUUCCAGUGAUCUUGAGCCCUUCCUAGUUCACCCCACUCCCAACUGUUCCCUCUCCUACUGGUCCCCACUGUAACUCAAAAGGAUGGAAUACCAAGGUCUUUUUAUUCCUUGCGCCCAGUUAAUUUUUGCCUUUAUUGGUCAGAAUAGAGGGGUCAAGUUCUUAAUCUCUACACACCCAACCCUUUCUUUCCUAGCUAGCUUUCUAGUGGGGAACGGGAGGGGGUGGGGAAGGGUAACCCACUGCUUCAUCUCAGCGGGAAUGCAUGUCCUGUAGGCAUAGCUGUCACAAAUCCGGGUGUACUUGUGGUGGGGGAGGACUGUUUUUUUUUUCCUUCAGGAUAAUUGAAAGGGCAGGCCCAACAGCUUAGAUUAACAUUUCCUCUGUCAGUAGAGAGCUGUUAUUUCUUCCGGUGAAACCAACUUUCUGUUGAAGUCUGGUGAGGAGUUGGAGGUUGGUCUCUUGACUUCCUUAGCUUAGGGAAGGGGAGUUCACCCUCCCUUCAUGAAACACAGUUCACCUGACAAAUGGCCCUACUGUAAAGGAAGAAAAAGUUGGCAUUUCUUGGUCCUCCGUUUAUAACUCAAAGCAGAGUAGUAUUUUUAUAUUUAAAUGUUAAAAACAAAAAAGUUAUAUAUAUGGGUGUGUGGAUAUAUAUGUCUUUUCUAAUUGAGAAAACCAUCCUCUUCCCUGGGUGCCAAGUUUGAGUGAGGAGCUCGGUGUAGAAGUGAGGCACUCUUGAGGUAGGGGUGGGGAUGCAGUACUGGGAAAGUUGGUUAUCUUGGGGGUUCAGCUUCAUUACUACUUAGGGUUUCCCUGCCCACUCUGCAGGAGCAGAUGUUGGACAGGUAGCCAGUGGGAUGCCACUGCUUGCCGCCACUGUCCCUGGGCUUAGGUUUAAGGGGACGUGUAUACCUAAUCCACACACGAGUUAGAAGUAUGAGUUGGCUGGUCAACUUGAACAUUGUUACAGGCGGGUGGGUGUUACUGGGGGGUUAUUUUUUGGUGGGACUAGCAUGUCACUAAAGCGGGCCUUUUGAUAUAUUAAAUUUUUUAAAGCAAAACAAGUUUAGAUUUUAAUCAAGUUCGUAGGGUUUCUAAUUUUACAGAAUUGCCUGUUUGUUUCAAUGUCUCCUUCCACUUGGCUCUUAGGGGAACUGAGGACAGGCCUGGAGUUAAUACACUUGUCAUUCUGUGUCCUAGUGUCCUCUUCCUCCGGCAGACUGUCCCCUUCCUUCUGAAAAAGCCGAUAGAGUCUUGUUUUAUUUUUCUUUUAUAAUAAACACACCCCACCUCCAUCCCAGCUUGUUGCCCUGCAGUUUUCUGGUUGUUUGUGUCGGCAGCAGGCCAGCUGUGGUUUUUUUCUCUUGCCACGAUGACUCUAACUACCAUGUAUAGUAUGUUCAGUUAGAUAACUCACUGUAAACAGACUGUAACUGAGAGUAGCGCUUGUAAAUCAACCUAACGUUUAUAAGA